GUAUGGGCAGAUGACGGAUUACAUGGGCCAGACAUGAGCGCAACCUCCCGGGCCCGCUUUCUGGAGCAAGUCGUGCGAGAGGAUAAUCCAAGUGCGUACUACCCGAGGUUGUUUGUUUCGAACCCCGAUUAUGACCCCGACGUUCUUGUUCGUGGUCGCAGCCGCCGGACGGGCGAUCGCAUCACGUUGCGGCAUAUCAAAUGCAACUAUGUCUGGGUGUGGAAGAUUGCCAGGUUUGUCAUGCAUAUUUUGCAUGACGCAUGAUGCCUGUAGUGCAUGACUUAGCAUCACAGAUUUUUGGAAGGCAUCCUAAUGCCUAUUCCGCAUGGCAAAUGCCCUCUCCGCGUAGCACAAUCUGGGCUCCUCUUCCUGGUCAUAGCACUACAGAUCUUUUGAGAAUCCAAAGACAGCAUUACAAGUUUGGAUCCACCUUCCAGACCCAGACAUUUUUGCGAUGCAUAUGGCACAAGAAAAAAUUUCAGGGGCGGUACGCCUACAGCGACGGUGGAGUUCAUUCUACCUCGAGCAUAUUCUGAGAAAAAAUCCCCCCUCCCCAUACUACUCAAAACGGAAAUUUGUGAUGCUGAUUUGUGACCACAAAUCAGCUUCGUCUUGCAUAUGAGGCAUCAAAUGGGAGCCGUAUCCCGCACUCGACAGCAAAUCUGUCAUGCGCUUUUACCUACCGCGCACCUGUCUGUCAUGCCGAGCUGCUAGCCUUUUGCAUACUCAAUCAGGCUUGAAAAAUUAUGCCUUCACGCUCUUGCCGCAAUUAUACACAGCUGAUUUGUGUACAGAAAUCCAGCAUGGGGUGGGGGUUUUUUCAUAUUUCCUUUUUUGAAUGGGGUGGGGGUUUUUUCAUAUUGAUAGAGCAGUGGCUCCGAUACCCUGCGUUACACUACGGACUUCGACGCC